CCAAUCAUAGGCAUUAGAGUCUGGUCAACCUCGAUGGAAUUUCAACACCUGUGUGGCUUUUCUCCCUCAACAACACGGCCUUGUUCGUUCGUCUCCACAAGCCAACAACGCACUUCAUCAUUGUCCAUCGCCGAAUCGCGGCAUCUGACUCACGUAGGUGCUCGUAAUUGCAGAUCUGGCGCUAGCGGGUGCGCGAUGCAUCGCUAAAGGGUUUCAACUUUUUGUUUGGCUUGACUAUCCGCUUGCGGUGCUAAAAUUCUCGAUAUGACGAAAUCACGGGUUAAAUCCGUUGACCCCGAGCCCUACAUUUCGCAUUUGUCAACAUGGCGAUUGCGCAGGGCCUUAGAUAAUCCUCCCAGUAUGCCUGCCUCGAAACUCUUGUCUUGCACCUCCUCUGACCCAAUCGUCCAUCCUCGCCAUUCUUCUUUCUGCUCUGUUCCCUCCUGUCUACUGUCACACGCAUACAUUCCACGUGUGCAUAGGUAGGUAAAUCAGCCUCAACAUGUGGGGAUCCAACCUUCCUCAGUCGCAAGACGACGAGAGACCGCGCAACCCUUGGCACAAUGAAGCUGAGCGUCCUGAGCAUUUGCCACUUGAGCCAGAAGUCCCUCUGAGCGCGGUGGGAAGUGAGAGUGAUGGCAGCCGGGAAAGUCCAGACAGAAGCGGUACAUGGGGGGAAAGAGAUGCCGGUAACUUCAACGCCCAAGCUGCACUUCAAGACUUUGAAGUUCUACGGCAGACGCUGAGCACCAUGUCGAGAACCAAAUCUCAUGCUCCCGAGGAACGUCCUGAAGGCCUGAGGAAAGUCGCCAGCCGGAAAAGCACAAGAAGAAGUGUGGAUCGACGAGCAUCUGUUGCCCAGACAGAAGACGGAGCUGAUGAUGUUGAAGCUACUGCUGUCGAAAAGGAAGACGAUUUUGAACUGAGCGAAUUUAUGAAGGAAGGCCAUUUCGAGAAGAGGACUGCUGGUCAAUCAGCAAAGAAAGUUGGUGUCGUCUGGAGGAACCUCACUGUCAAAGGCGUGGGCUCGACUGCCAUGUUCGUGCGAACACUCCCUGAUGCUAUAUUGGGAACCUUCGGUCCCGACUUAUACAAAAUCGUCUCCGGAUUCAUACCUGCGUUGAGACUAGGACGGCACUCGCAAACGCGGACUCUGAUACAUGACUAUUCGGGUCUUUUGAAAGAUGGCCAGAUGAUGCUUGUUCUCGGGCGACCUGGAUCUGGGUGCAGUACCUUCCUGAAAACUAUCGCCAACGAUCGCGAAAGCUAUGCCUCGGUCGAUGGGCAUGUGUCCUAUGGUGGCAUCCUCGCUGAUAAGCAGAAGAAGAGGUUCCGUGGCGAAGUCAAUUACAAUCCCGAGGACGAUACUCAUUUCGCGAACCUGAACGUAUGGCAGACACUGUACUUUGCCCUGUUGAAUAAGACAAAGAAGAAAGAGAAGGAUGAGAUACCGGUUAUAUUGAAUGCUUUACUGAAGAUAUUCGGCAUUUCGCACACAAAGUAUACGCCAGUCGGCGACGCGUUCGUUCGUGGCGUGAGUGGCGGAGAGCGCAAGCGGGUUUCAAUUGCCGAAACUCUGGCCACGAAGUCCACAGUAGUUUGCUGGGACAACUCAACGCGUGGGUUGGAUGCAUCCACGGCGCUCGACUACGCGAAGAGUCUUAGGAUCAUGACAGAUAUAAGCAACCGGACCACGUUCGUCACGCUUUACCAAGCCGGUGAAGGGAUAUACGAGCUUAUGGACAAGGUCAUGGUCAUUGACCAGGGACGUUGCGUGUACGAAGGUCCCGCAGACGAGGCAAAAGAUUACUUUGUUCAAUUAGGUUUUCACUGUCCUGACCGGCAAACCACCGCCGACUUCCUCACUGCCGUCACGGACCCUACGGAAAGGCAGUUUCGGGAGGGCUGUGAAGCUUCUGCGCCGAAAACGCCAGAGGAGCUUGAAGCAGCAUUCAGACGCUCCGAGAUCUACAAGCGCGUACAAAACGAAAUCACACAAUACGAAGAGGACCUCAAAAGAAGCGACUACGAGAAUGCCAAAGAAUUCGAGGGGGCAGUGCACGAAAGCAAAUCAAAGACUGUGUCGAAGAAGUCUCCUUUCACUGUCAGUUUUAUUCGUCAAGUGUGGGCUUGCACUCAGCGCGAGUUCUGGUUGACCUGGGGUGACAAGACCACUCUUUACACAAAGUUCUUCAUCAUAAUCAGUAACGGUUUGAUUGUCGGCAGUCUGUUUUAUGGCGAGAGCUUGAACACGUCUGGCGCUUUCAGUAGAGGUGGCGCUGUUUUCUUUUCGAUUCUUUUCUUGGGCUGGCUCCAACUGAGUGAGUUGAUGAAGGCGGUAUCUGGACGAGCUGUUGUCAAGAGGCAUAAAGAGUAUGCAUUCUACAGGCCGAGCGCUGUCGUGGUUGCAAGAGUCGUCCAGGAUUUCCCACUUCUUCUGGCUCAAGUCAUUCCCUUUUGCCUCAUCAUGUACUUCAUGACUGAGCUCGAUAUCAACGUCUCGAAAUUCUGGAUCUACUUGCUCUUCGUCUUCACAACAACUUUCUCUAUCACUUCACUCUACCGCAUGUUCGCAUCGCUAUCUCCAAACAUCGACGACGCCGUUCGGUUCUCGGGUAUAGCCCUCAACCUGUUGAUCAUCUACGUGGGCUAUGUCAUUCCCAAACCACAACUGCUUUCCGAUUACAUAUGGUUCGGUUGGCUCUACUGGGUCAAUCCAAUCUCUUAUUCGUUUGAAGGCGUAUUGUCCAAUGAGUUCUCGGACAGGACUAUGGAAUGCGACGCAAGUCAGCUCGUACCCCAGGGGCCUGGAAUCGAUCCAGCUUUUCAAGGGUGCAGUUUGACGGGCGCUGCUCCAAAUGCGCAAACAGUCACCGGUGCCGCGUAUCUCCAGACAAGCUUCAACUACUCUAGAAGCAACCUCUGGAGAAACUUUGGCGUUGUGAUUGCUUUUACAGUAUUAUACCUGCUGGUGACUGUAUUUGCCACAGAGAUGUUCUCAUUCUCUGCCGAAGGCGGAGGUGCUCUCAUUUUCAAGAAGUCGAAACAAGCCAAGAAAGCCGUAGAGCAAGCUCCUGCCGAUGAGGAGAAAGGCGCGGAAAGCGGUCUCAAUCCUAGCGAUUCAUCAUCGUCGGCUCCUCAAGAAGAAGACAAGGCAUUGGCCGGAAUCUCCAGUAGCAAAAGCAUCUUCACAUGGCAAGAUGUCGAAUAUACAGUCCCUUACCAAGGUGGCGAGAAAAGAAUCCUGAACAAAGUCAACGGUUAUGCUAAACCCGGAGUAAUGGUCGCCCUGAUGGGUGCUUCUGGAGCUGGAAAGACUACGCUUCUUAACACGCUAUCACAACGUCAGACUACUGGCGUUGUGUCAGGCUCCAUGCUCGUCGAUGGCAAAGCCUUGGGCCGAGACUUUCAGCGUGGGACCGGGUUCUGUGAACAAAUGGAUCUCCACGAUGGUACGGCCACGAUUCGUGAAGCGCUCGAGUUCUCCGCCAUUCUCCGUCAAGACAAGGACAUCCCACGCCAGGAGAAGAUCGAUUACGUUGACACCAUAAUUGACCUGUUGGAGCUGCAUUCUAUCCAGGAUGCGUUGGUUGGAAGCCUUGGGGUGGAACAAAAGAAGAGGCUGACCAUCGGAGUGGAACUGGCCGCUAAGCCAUCGUUACUACUCUUUUUGGAUGAGCCGACCAGUGGUCUGGACAGCAACAGCGCUUAUUCCAUUGUUCGUUUCCUGAAAAAGCUCUCCGCUGCCGGCCAAGCGAUUGUCUGUACCAUUCACCAGCCCUCCUCCGUCCUGAUCCAGCAAUUCGAUAUGAUACUGGCCUUGAAUCCAGGAGGCAACACCUUCUACUUUGGACCGGUCGGAGAUAACGGCAAAGACGUCAUCAAAUACUUCGCGGACAGAGGUGCGAAGUGUCCACCAAGAAAGAAUGUCGCUGAAUUCAUACUCGAAACUGCUGCCAAACCUAUCAAGCGCAACGGAAAGAAGAUCAACUGGGAUGAAGAGUGGAAAACAUCCUCCAACAACAGCGAGCUCAUCAAGGAAAUUGAGAGGAUAAAGUCGAGUCGCAGCCAAGAGACGCCUGAAUCACACCAUGAGGAGCGCGAGUUCGCGGCACCGGUUUGGCUGCAAACUACAAUGUUAACGAAGAGAGUGUUCACGCAGUACUGGCGCGAUCCCUCCUACCUAUACGGAAAACUCUUCGUUGCAGUUAUCGUGGGAAUUUUCAACGGGUUUACGUUCUACCAGCUCGGCAACACGAUCGGGGAUAUGCAAAAUCGCAUGUUCACAGCCUUCUUGAUUCUCCUCAUCCCUCCCACCAUUGUCAACGCCGUGGUGCCCAAAUUCUACCAGAAUCUGUCGCUCUGGCAAUCCCGUGAAUUACCCUCGCGCAUUUACGGCUUCUUUGCGUUCACCACCGCUCAAGUCGUCGCCGAGAUCCCCAUCGCUAUCGUGUCAUCGGUCAUAUACUGGCUCCUUUGGUACUAUCCCACGGGUCUACCUACAGAUAGCAGUACCGCUGGCUAUGUGUUCCUCAUGACGAUGCUAUUCUACCUGUUCAUCUCGAGCUGGGGACAGUGGAUCUGCGCGUUCGCACCGAGUUUCACAGUCAUCUCGAACGUGCUGCCAUUCUUCUUUGUCAUGUUCUCGCUGUUCAACGGCGUUGUGCGCUCUUACAACGAGAUGCCCGUUUUUUGGAGAUACUGGAUGUACUACGUCAACCCUUCCACGUACUGGAUCGGCGGUGUCCUCGCCGCGACCCUCCGCUCGCAACCCGUCCAAUGCCAACCCACCGAAACAGCGCAAUUCGACGUCCCCGCCGGCGAAACGUGCGCCUCAUACGCAGGCGCAUUCGUCUCGCAGGCCCCGGGCUACCUCCUCAACCCGGACGCCACCGCUGGCUGCAUGUACUGCCCGUACUCGACCGGCGACGAUUACCUCACCACGCUCAACAUCAACCCCGGCGACAAGUGGCGCGACUUUGGCAUCUUCCUCGCCUUCUGCGUGAGCAACUGGGCGCUUGUGUAUUUCUUUGUUUGGAGUGUGAGGAUCAAGGGGUGGAGCUUUGGGUUUGGGGCUGUGGGGAGGGCCGUUGGCAAAGUCGUCAGGAGGGGAAAAGGGAAAGGGAAGGCUGGGAAUAACGACGAGUGAUGAGGACCUGUUUGUCUAAGGAGGCCAAACAAAAAAAACUAAAAGUUUCUCCGGCUUGUCUGGUUCUUUUGCAUCAUCCCCCCUGUUCAGCGUUACGCUGGAGUUAUUAUUAGAGAUUCGGAUGGCGCUGUAGCUGUAAUCAUAUAUGU